AUGACUACUAUGAUUGUAUUUCGAAGGGAGAUCCUGCGUCGGUGUGUGGCGCAGCUGUGCGUGCAACAAGGUUGGGAUCGUGCAGAGCAGUCUGCUCUCAGGGUCCUGGCUCAAAUUUUGGAAGCAUAUGUCUUCAUGCUGGCUGGCAGUGCAAAAGUUUAUACUGAUCAAUUUGAACAAACAGAACUGACUUUGAAUAAUUUGCAUUUGGCAUUUUUGAAAUGCAACAUCCAAUUUGAUCAGCUGAAAGAGUACUUUAAAUUGAAUGAACCUGUCACACUGCCACAUGAUGUCCCACAUUUUCCAGCUCCCAGAGAAUUGCCGGCAGAAGCGUCAGCAAGUCAGUACAAGAUGAGGAGCUUAAGCAGGUUAGCCCUGCAGUGUGGAGAUUUCAAACCAAGCGUCCCAGGUAGGUCAGCAGGUCAUAAACUUGACCCCAACAAACCCAUUGACUACUAUGGCACAUGCAUCUUUCGGAAACAAUAUCCACCUUUAACAUUAACAAUCAGUAGAAAAGUUUUUGAAGAAUUUCUUACUGGCAAGAAGGUGAUGAAUGUUAAUGAAGAUGGUCCUACAUGCAAAGAUUAUGACCAUCAUCCUGUCAUUGAACGUCAUCCUGUCAAUAUUUUGUCAUCAAAUCUAAAAGAUAUGAAAAAGUUUUCUCGGAAAAAGUUGAAACUCAUUCCAGGUCUCAUUCCUUCCUCUACAUUCAUUCCACAUCCAACUUCACAAACACCUCAGCUAACAUUCAAGCCAUCAGCAGCAGCUAGUGGCAUAGCAAAGAUAGUGAAAGUGCAAAAAACAAGGAUAACGAGAUACAGGCGGUCAUCAUCCAUUGGCAAGGUUACAAUCAAACUUGGUGGCGUGAAACUAUUCUGCUCAUCGUACGUUAGUAACAGCACUGAUGACAAUGUUGCUAGAAGAUCUCUUAAUGAGAAAACAUCUCAAGUUAUUAUUGGCGCAGAUGACAAUGCAGUCGGUGAUUUAAGGAAAACUACUCCAUCUUCACAGUAUAAUAUCUUCAGUGACCAGAGGAAGUCUUCUGGUCAUCUUGGCGUAAAGGUGAAGAAGACUACAAAGAGGACGCACGAUGAGACUGAUGUUACUGAAGUUCAAGACCCUCCUAAAAAUGAUGAUGCGUCAGAUCAGACAGCCAUUUCAAAACUCGUUCUCAAAAUUGGUGGCGUAGUUGUUGGGUCCAGGACAAUCUGUAAGAGCUGCACUAGCGUUGCCGACAGCUGUGAAGUUAACAGAAAAUUACUAUCUCCGAUUGUUAAACUUGUGAGAAUUAUGCCAGCCUCCUCACAUAAGGAGCCUGUUAAAACGUUAAUAUAG